UUGAUGCUGUCAGAAUCUGUCAAACAGAGCAUUUAGCAUUUGUACAUUUUUAAAGUAAAAAGUCUUGAUUAUUAGUGUUUUGAAUAAAUAAAUGGAUAAGUUAUGAUUGUUAUACAUAAUAUUAGAAUUGGAAUGUCCUAACUAUAAUUUUUGUAAUAAUACGUAACCACAACAAUGGUUCGAAGCGGUCGGGACCGGGACCGGGAUCGCGAUCGUCGUAGAUCACACAGCCGUUCGGUUACUCCAGACAGGAAGAGGCGGCGAUCUCGAUCACGAAGCAGAGACAGAACUAAGAGUUCUAAAAGAAAGCGCAGUCGUAGCAGAGAAAGAGAAUCUAAAAGAGACCGAAGUAGGGAUAGAGAUAGAGAAAGAGACAGGGACAGAAAGAGAGACAAAAGGGAUGAAAAAAGCAAUGGGUCUAGUAGUAAGUCUCGAAAGAAAUCCCAGGACAGAGAUAGAGACAGCGAGACAACUAAAUCUAAAGAGAAGUCGGUAAAACAAGAAGCGGAUUAUGAUAUUGGAUCUGCUGAUAAGGAAGAGGAACAAAACCGCCUCGAGGCUGAGAUGCAAAAACGUCGCGAUCGUAUAGAAAGAUGGCGCGCUGAGAGAAAGCGGAAGGAGCUGGAAACUGCCAAGAAGGAGGUGCAGAAGGGCAGCCUUGUUACCAAUAUACAAACACCCUCUGUAAAGAAAUGGUCACUAGAAGAUGAUUCAGCAGAUGAAGGUGAUGAAGAUAAAGAGGCGAAAGAGAAACAGCUUGCGGAAGAGAAGAAAGAAGAAGAUGAAAUUGAUCCACUUGAUGCAUACAUGCAGGAAGUUCAACAGGAAGUACGUAAAGUAAACCAAAUAGAUCAGGCUCGCGGUAUCAUCAAUCUACCGUCAUCAAUGGACGACUCCAGUGUCGUCAUAUUAACUGGAACCGCCAAGAAGCAAGUUUCGGAACAGAAAAAUAAAGGCGAGCUAAUAGAACAGAAUCAAGACGGUCUAGAAUAUUCCUCUGAAGAGGAAACGGAAGAUAUAAAGGACGCGGCCGCUAACCUCGCGUCGAAACAACGCAAGGAACUGGCCAAAGUGGACCACUCUAGUUUACAGUACAUGCCGUUUAGGAAAGCUUUCUAUACUGAAAUUAACGAAUUAGCAAGGAUGACACCUGAAGACGUUGAAGCAUACAGGACAGAACUAGAAGGAAUAAGAGUGAAGGGCAAAGGUUGUCCCAAACCGAUAAAGUCAUGGGCACAUUGUGGCAUUAGUAAGAAAGAGAUGGAUAUAUUGAAGAAGCUAGGAUUUGAGAAACCUACUCCAAUUCAAGCGCAAGCAAUACCAGCUAUUAUGUCUGGAAGAGACCUAAUUGGCAUAGCGAAAACAGGUUCUGGCAAAACAUUAGCAUUCAUUCUACCAAUGUUCCGGCAUGUCCUAGACCAGCCUCCAUUAGAAGAUACGGAUGGACCGAUAUCUCUCAUCAUGACACCAACAAGAGAACUUUGUAUGCAAAUUGGAAAAGAUAUUAGAAAGUUUGCAAAAUCACUGGGUUUGAGGGUAGCUUGUGUGUAUGGUGGAACGGGUAUAUCUGAACAGAUAGCGGAAUUAAAACGCGGUGCAGAAAUAAUAGUAUGCACACCGGGACGCAUGAUAGACAUGUUGGCGGCGAACUCGGGCCGCGUGACCAACCUGCGGCGGGUCACGUACGUGGUGCUCGACGAGGCGGACAGAAUGUUCGACAUGGGCUUCGAGCCGCAGGUGAUGAAAAUAAUAGACAACAUACGACCAGAUAGACAGACGGUGAUGUUUAGCGCGACAUUCCCGCGACAAAUGGAGGCGCUCGCUCGUAGGAUAUUGCAGAAACCUAUUGAAGUACAAGUGGGUGGACGUAGCAUAGUCUGCAAGGAGGUGGAGCAGCACGUGGCCAUCUUGGAAGAAGACGCGAAAUUCUUCAAGCUUCUAGAACUGUUGGGCCUAUACAGUCACAUGGGCAGCAUUAUUGUGUUUGUGGACAAGCAGGAGAACGCGGAUAGCCUGCUGAAGGAUCUCAUGAAGGCGUCCUAUUCUUGUAUGAGCUUGCAUGGAGGUAUUGAUCAAUUCGACAGGGACUCGACGAUCGUGGACUUCAAGUCGGGCAAGGUGAAGCUGCUGGUCGCGACUAGUGUAGCGGCGAGAGGCUUGGACGUGAAGCAGCUGGUCCUGGUCGUCAAUUAUGACUGCCCCAACCACUAUGAAGACUAUGUGCAUCGGUGCGGUCGCACGGGGCGCGCGGGCAACAAGGGCUACGCGUGGACGUUCCUGACGCCGGAGCAGGGGCGCUACGCGGGCGACGUCGUGCGCGCGCUCGAGCUGGCCGGCAGCGCCGCGCCGCCCGACCUGCGCGCGCUCUGGGAGCGCUACAAGGAGGCGCAGGAGAAGGACGGCAAGCGGGUGCACACCGGCGGCGGGUUCAGCGGCAAGGGUUUCAAAUUCGACGAAUCAGAAGCACAAGCGGCGACAGAACGCAAGAAGUACCAAAAAGCGGCGCUCGGGCUGCAGGACUCUGACGACGAAGAUGUUGAGGGUGACCUCGACCAGCAGAUCGAGACUAUGCUCGCUGCUAAGAAAAUCGUUAAGGAAAUUAAACCGGGCGUAGCUGGCGCGGCUGCUGGAGCAGCGGGUGCUGCUGCAACCGGAGCAGACGGGAAGUUAGAACUCGCUAAGCGUCUGGCUUCACGCAUAAACCUGGCCAAGGGGCUCGGCGUCGAGCACAAGGGCGCCACGCAGCAGGCCGCUGAAGCGAUACUGAAGGGCUCGCCCUCCACGCACACGCUCAUCACGGCUAAAACGGUAGCGGAACAGCUAGCGGCGAAACUGAACACGCGGCUGAACUACCAGCCUCGGGAUGAGGCGAACGCUGAACCCGCGGAGGAAGUGUUCAGGAAGUAUGAAACAGAGUUGGAGAUCAACGACUUCCCGCAGCAGGCCAGGUGGAGGGUCACUAGCAAGGAGGCGUUAGCACUUAUAAGCGAGUAUUCAGAGGCGGGUAUAACAGUGCGAGGGACUUACGUGCCUCCGGGCAAAACUCCCCCAGAGGGCGAAAGAAAAUUAUACCUCGCCAUAGAAAGUUCACAGGAAUUAGCUGUAGCUAAAGCGAAGUCGGAAAUAACUCGCCUCAUUAAGGAAGAACUGCUCAAACUGCAGACAUCUUCACAUCAUAUGAUUAAUAAAGCCAGAUAUAAGGUUUUGUAAUGGGAUAAUAAAUUGACGAUUUGUA